CACCACACCACACAUGUCCCCUCCCCUGCUGUACCAGCAGUAAGGGCUAAAAUCCUGGGAGCUCGCGCGAUGCGAGCUCUCGCCGCGUCUGCCGCAGAGUCCUGAUUCUGCUUCAUAAUAAUAGCAGCCCUUAUCGUGAUUGUCUGCCCGCCACUCACAAUCGUCGGACCAGUUUUCGCUUUUCAUAGCCGACUUUUAUUUAGUAGACGCUGAGAGAAAUUAACUCCUUUCCUCCUUGUCACCAGUUUCCAACAUCUCGCAGAAACCUCUCUCGCUUGAUUUCUCCUUCUCGUACUUCAUUCGGAUCGCGAUAGAGCAUAAAGCUCAAAAUAGAAAAAGAGAAUGACAGUCGAAGCCAUGCAGGUGGCAGCGGUUGUACCGUUUUCUCCAACAGCGCAUCUCGCUACCUUCAAGCUGUACCAGCCGCCUCUCGCCAUCGGAGCCCCUUGUUUCGCGUACAAAACUCAGGCAUCAGUUCAACGUAGAUGUCGCGUUCCGAAGCACCUUGUAUCGCGUACAAAAUUCGUUAUCGCGCCGCCAGCGAGGGCGACGGUGGCGGCGGCGGCGGCUGCGUACGACGGUUCGGGGAGUUCAGCGGGUCGCGCGAGCGAGUCCGACGUGGCAUUUGUGCGGCAAUUGCGGGUGGUGCUUGCAGCGAACGAGCUCUCUGAAGACAGUCUCCCGUCGAUCAAAGAAGUCGCCGUGCUUGGCGGCCCCUUCCUGGCGGGGGCAAUGCGCACCAGGGGGUACCGGCGGGUGCGCCAGCUGCUGCAGCUGGUGGGGGAUGAGGGGGAGGAAGCAGGGAAGGCGGAUGGGCAAGAAGCGCGGGCAGGGGGGGAGGAGGAAGACGCGAGGGUGGAGAGCUGGUCGCUAGGCUCGGGGUCAGGGUCGUUAGGCUCGGCGCCAGGUUCGGCAAUGUCCGUGGCACAGCAGAAGGCGAAGGUGCUCCAGCAGAGGAUGCAGCAGAGGGGCCUUCUGUCCUCGUCUGAAGCCUCCCCGCUACAACCACAGUCCAGCAACAGUGAAACGGGUCCCACAACUUCCUCUCCUUCCACCUCCUCCCCUCCGUUCUCCCCCCCAUCCUUCAACCCUUCUUCCUCUCCAUUCUUUUCCUCCUCCCCCUCCUCCUCUCCCCGGCCCACUCCUCCUUCCCUUUCAAGCACCCAAGUCACUAGAGGUGAUAGUGACAAUGACAGUAGUGACAGUAACGAAGGUGACUAUAUCGCACCGGAGGUUGCCUGGCUGUUUCCGAGCCUGAAUCUGGAUUUGAGCAAGCUCGACUCGAUGAGCGAAUCGGAGAGUGAGACAGAGGAGGGGGAAGAGGAGGUAAAGGCGUCGAAGGAGGAGGCGGAGGAGGCGGAGGAGGCAGAGGAGUUAGAGGAGGGGGGGUGGGAGGAGGUGGAGGAAGGGAGUGAAGGAGAUACUUACAGGAGGAACAGAGAGUAUGAUGGUACUCCGGACAACGCCCGUCCUCAAUACAAGGGUCUGCAGUAUAGUGAUGAUGCGCUACAAGCGUCUUCCUCUGCGGCUUACAGCACUCUUCCACCUUCCUCUCCCGCCCGUACUCCCUACGAAGCCUCCUCCAAGCUUCCCUACAGCACUUCUUAUGGAUCAGCUGACGAAGCCGCAUAUGCAUGGGAGAGAGCAGCCGCCCCUCCCCAGCCUGGUUCUGCUACUCCGUAUUCCUCUCUCUAUUCCACCGCGGUUCAACCGUUAACCAAUACCGCCACCAACAGCAGCCAACGUAGCGGCAUGAGCAGUGGGAGUGGGACUGAGGUGGACUGGACGGGUGGCAUGGAGGCGUGGGAAGCAGAGGCUGUGGCUGAGGCAGAGAGACUGGCGGCCAGCCAGGCGACUCUCUUUUCAGAAGAAGCCGAAUUGGAGCUAGAGAGAAUCAAGUCGCUGCUGGCGUCACGGGAGGAGGAGCUGUCAGUGAUAAUGAGAGAGAUGGAGGAGGCAAAGGCCCAGUUCCAUGUGAUGAAGGCGAAUGCAGAGAGCGAGCUGGCGUUGGCACGGCAAGCAGUGCUGGAGAGAGACUUGAAGUUGGAAGCUGCUCAGCAGGCCAUGGGCGCUUUAGUUAAGGUGGUGGUUGAGUACUGGGGCGAGGGCCACGAGGUGCUGCUGGCGGGGAGCUUCAACGGCUGGCAGAGCCACGUGCCCAUGGUGCCCGACGAAACGUCUCACAUCCCCAACCAUGAUGGCAGCAGGGGUGCCAUGAUAUGGGAGGGCACACUUUGGCUCUACCCAGGCCACUAUCAGGUCAAGUUCAUUGUGGAUGGUAGAUGGACGCUUGAUCAACGGAGGGAGGUGGUCGAGGGUAGCAUGGGGCAGAAUAAUCUUUUGGUCGUGGACUGGGAGGAUGACGGGUCAAGCACUAGUAAUGGAGGCUCCAACAUGGCAAGCAACACUUUCCCACCCACGUUUCUGCGAUGAAUGUGACCACUUAUAAGAUGGAUUUCUACUAGAAGAAAGGCCACCCUUCACGUAAGAAGGGAGCACACAUUGUUAGAGAAGGUGAUCACAUAGUAUGGUAGUGUUUAUGGAGGGGUUGUAGUGGUAGUGUUGGCUCCCCUUAUGGAGACCUGUAUUUUGUAAUGUGCGUAGGUUUGAACCAAGACAGCAUUUGGGCCUGUCAACCCGAGAUUCGAAUAAUAAAUCCUCAUGCAUGAAGUCCCGCGCGCAUAAACCCCUGAAAGGUUGCCCAAGUGCAUGAUCGGGGCUGAUCGCGGAAAGAAUUGUUCAACCCUAAACUUUGAUGGCUGAUCGAAAACCAUGGCGGAAAAUCAGCGCGAAACAUCGGAAGAAGCGUGAGGCUGAGGCGGUACCUGUAAUAAGAGGUAAAUGCUUCCCGCUUGUCGAACGAUGGGCGGUGAGCUUGGCCAACUGCCUGAUGGUGAUCAUCGUCUCAGCUGACCAAGUAAUGACCUAAACGAGUAUCACUGAUGGUUCCUGGCCCUGAGCGACUCGUUUGCUGUGAAUGGUGUAAGGUUAUGGAUACGACGCACGUCGAGGAUUGCAAAGGCGCUGGCGAAAGAACAAAGUAGCACAAGAAUGACGAGAAGAGGAGCAAGUGAUGAAAAAUCCGCACGUGCUAGAGCAAACUCUAUC